UUACUUGGUAUUUAAACAGCAUCUCCAUACCUCCAUAACCAUCCAAACAACAAGCUUAGUUCUCUCUCUUUUUGAUCACUCACUCUCAUACAACUUUCAAGAUGUUGAAGAAUUGUUUAUUGUUCAUCUUCUCGAUGCUCAUUCUGCAAAUGGGAAUCUGGAAUAUUGUAAAGGCCGUGGAUCCAUCAUCGGCAGCAGAAGGAGAACAUGUUUUCGAGCUCUACCUACAUGAUAUCCUUGGUGGUAGCAACCCAACAGCUAGACCGGUAACAGGUCUUCUAGGAAACAUAUAUAGUGGUCAAGUACCCUUCGCAAGACGCAUAGGUUUCCGAGCUCCACAAGGUGGUGUAGCGAUUCCUAACGCCAAUGGUGCCAUCCCUACUGUAAACGCCAACGGAAUCCCACUCGGAACCGGUUUAGUUGGCACCCAAUACGCCGGAAACCUGAACCAAAACAACAAUGGUCAAAAUCAGAUCGCCGCCCAACUGGGACCAGACGGACUUGGGCUUGGGUUCGGGACCAUAACAGUGAUCGAUGACGUAUUGACCGUCGACCCAAAGUUGGGUUCACAGUCAUUAGGUAAAGCACAAGGGGUUUAUGUUUCAAGCUCGGCGGAUGGAAGUAGACAGAUGAUGACAUUCACGGCGAUGAUGGAAGGAGGUGAAUAUGGAGAUAGUAUCAAUUUCUUUGGAGUUUAUCAUAUCGGAAGCGCAAUGUCUCGGUUGUCGGUGACAGGUGGCACCGGAAAGUUUCUGCAUGCUUGUGGGUUCGCUGAGGUUCGGUCCCUUAUUCCGGCGGGUCAGAUCGUCGCCGAUGGUGUGGAGUCGCUGCUGAGGCUGACUGUUCAUCUUUCCUACUGAUAAAUGAAGAAAAGUUUGGCAAUUUAUGUGUGUGGGUUUGUAUGUAUUCUCCAUUUGUAUCAUUGUUUCCAUAAUUGAAGGAUUUAUGUUUCUUAAGAUUUGCUAAA